AUGAGCACCAACGUCCGUUCCCUUUCCGCCUUCAUGGCGGCGGUCAUGCUGGCCCCCAUCGCAGCGGCGGAAUACUGCCCACUUGAGGUCCGCACCGCGACAGUCACCGCUUGCUUUACCAACAAAGGGGCUGCGGUCAAGCCCACCUGCGAUGUUGCCUGCCCGACCCCUGUUGCAAAGCCCAAGGAAGAUGGCCCCGUCAAGGUGUUCGUGCAGGCGCCCAAGUGUGACAGCUGCGGCUGUGACACAUGUGCCCACACAAACAUCUACACCACGACCUACGACGUCUUCUGCCCGACCGGUCUCUCCAAGCAAGAAUACGUCGUCACCGAGGUUUAUGCCGGCAUGUCUGCGAAGCCCAGCGUGACUGAGGCCCCUCAGGUCCCCUUCGGUUUCGCCGUCGGCGUGCAGACCUGCCACGAGUGCGGCGAGAAGCCCGUCAUUGCCACUCUCACCUACCCCGCCGAGGGCUGCCCUUACAUGAAGGGUAUGUCCGAGCCCAUGGGUGCACCCAAAGGUUCGCCGGCAUACGCCGUUUGUAUCGACAGCCCCGCUGGACCCGGACAGCCUAUUCUUCCCGGUCCCCCAGGCUCCCCUGGCGGAGGCCCCGGCGCCGGCCCCAACAAUAUCCCAGGUACUGCCCCGGGCGGCGCACCUCACCCUGACGUCGGCCCACAGCCUGGUGGUGGUCAGCCCGGAGCUCAGCCCGGUGCUCCCGGUGCCCCAGGUGCCCCAGGCGCCCCGCCUGCUGGAGGCGCUGCUCCGGCUGGAGGCGCUCCCCCUGCUGGAGGCGCCCCUCCUGCUGGAGGUGCCGCUCCUGCUGCUCCUGCCGCUCCUGCUGCUCCUGCUGGAGGUGCUGCCCCGGCGGGCGGAGCUGCCCCGGCUGGAGGUGCUGCCCCGGCUGGUGGAGCUGCCCCUGCUGGCGGCGCCGCCCCUGCUCCUGCGCCGCCGGCCAACGAGAACGACGUAUCACCGGCGCCGCCGCCGCAUGAUGGCGCAGCUCCUCCUCCUUCUGAGCCAACAGGCUCGUCAGGCAUGGUGCAGGUUGCCGCGGCACACCCCGCCUUCGUCCCAAUAACCAUGGGCAGUGUCCUGGGUUUCUUGCUUUCCUUCGUAGCGGCUCUAUGA